AUGUCGCAACUGCCGCAACAGGGUUUUGUGCCCGAGAAAAUACAGGAGUUCAAUCGUAGGGCAUCACAGGACAUGACUGAUUCUCCAUCCCAUCAAAAGAUACAACGAAAUUCACAAGAGAAUGUUCCGCCCAAAAAGGAACCCAGCCAGAACGGCACCGACAAGCCGUUAGUCAACGACAAGACAAAACUUGAGGAGAAACCAAAAUCCGACACGAGCAGUCCAGCGCGCCCGAGCCAAGAGAGCAAAAACCCGUUCUCGCCUCAUUUCUAUCGUAACAGGCAGCAUGGCCACUUUGAGAUGGGUCCCCGCGGGUUGGACUACUCACCGCACCGUAUGGGUACGGAAUUUUCCAAUAGAAUGCGCGACUAUGGCCCUCAGCGCUCCACAUCCAUCCACGGUCACGAGCUGACCGAUGCUCCCGUGCAACCGGAGUACCUUGGCCACCGGGCGCACUUUGGCAGUCAGAUCGUCCCUGGUGGCGUCAACCACCCCGACGUGGUAUUUAGACACGACUAUUACAAUCAGAUGGGAUUUUCCCCACCACGUGCAUCGAGAUUCUCGUCCCAGGAGUACCUCAACGCUCCAGCUCAGUACGGAAGGUGGCCUGACUACAGGUCUGAAUAUAGACAGCGGCGCCGUUCCCAGCAGGACUUGCAUUCUAUCGGCCACAGCCCCGAAUCAGCGUGUAUUUGUCCCACCCUCUCUGCAAUCGUGUUCAAAGUGCUAGUGCGUUUAAUCCCUCCUAUUAUACUCCUCGGCAUGGUUGUGCCAUCCGUUAACAAACAGUUGCACGCGUGCACACACACCGUCUGCAUAAUCGUCUCAACAUUCAUCAAUCUAUCGGUGCGCCUCGCCACAUGGCUGAAAAUUGGA